AUAUAUAUAUAUAUAUAUAUAUAUAAAUCUCACACACACACUCGCAAGCACAAACACACACGCACAAAAACACACUAACACACACACAUAAACACGCACACAAAUACACACAGACACACACCCACACAAACACACACCUCUAUCAUAGCUCCAUCCCCCCCUCUCUCUCUCUCUCUCUCUCUCUCUCUCUCUCUCUCUCUCUCUCUCUCUCUCUCUCUCUCUCUCUCUCUCUCUCUCUCUCUGUUCCGCUCUCUCUCAGGAUCUUGAUAGAUCCGUUUGGCAGAGAGACCGGGUUGCGGGGGUUAACUCCGUUGGAUAGUUUGACCGGCUCUUGAGCCAAACCCUUUCAGUUUAGUGCUGCAGCAGACAGAAGUGUCUGGAUGGGGACAGAGGGAGUCUUUGAUACUUUGCCCUGAAUUCUGGAUGUUAUAUACUUCUUAAAAUGUAUAUGCAGGCGGAAUCUACCCCUUUGAAGGUGUCCAACACCUCGACGGCCAGACAGACGGACGCCCUCUGAAUGGGUCAACCUUUCCCAUUCCCCAACCCCCCCGUCGGGGAACAACCCCCUACCGUCCUUCCCCGUCCGUCCCGUGGCGAGGUCUCCGCCAUGGGCAUGGAGCCCAACCGCUCCGCCCCCUCCUCCCGCUACCCCCUGCUGUCGGCCGAGCAGCUGAUCUAUGCCAUCACCGUGCCGCUGUCCACCUCCAUCAUCCUGGCCAACCUGCUCAUCAUCCUGGGCAUCGCACUGAACCGCAAGCUGCACAACACGCCCAACUACUUCUUCCUCAGCCUGCUCGUGGCCGACCUGUGCACGGGCGUGGCCCUGCCCUUCAUCCCCUGGAUGGGCCUCAACCGCCAGCUCAGCUUCAGCUCCUGCCUGGUGGCACACGUCUUUCCCAACUUCCUGUUCCUGGCCUUCCUGCUCAACCUGGUGAUGGUGCACUACGAGCGCUACACCUGCAUCGCCAGCCCGCUGCACUACAGCCGGCUGUGGGUGCACCGCCGCUUCCCGCUGGCGCUACUGGUGGUGUGGGCACCGCCACUGCUGUACGCCGCCCUGCCCGCCUUCGGCUGGAACAACUGGUCCGCCCCGGACUGGGACUACUGCUGCCCCACAGGCGUCGGGGGGCGGAUGGAGGAGAGGCGGGCGGAGGCGCCGUGCGCGGCCAAUGCCACCUCGUCCUUCUGCUGCUCGUACCGCCGCGUGUUCCCCAACGCCUUCAUCUACCUGGAGGUGUACGGCCUGGUGCUGCCCGCCAUCCUGGCAAUCGCCGGCAUGACGGGCCGCGUGCUGUGGAUCACGCGCGGCCAGCUGCGCGACAUCUGCCGGCUGCACCGCUCGCUGGAGCGCGGCGCCGCGGCGUCAGACCGGGAGCAGCGGCUCCAGCUGCGGUACGCUCGCUGCGUGGCGGCCGUGUCGCUGACCUUCCUGGCGUGCUGGCUGCCCUACGUCAUCUACAUGCACGUGUGCGUGGCGUUCCUGCUGAGUGAGACGCGCUGGAGCUCCACUGUGCACAUCGUGCUGUCGUGCACGGGUGUGGCCAGCAUGGCGGUGGUGCCGCUGGUGCUGGGCAUGGCCAACCGGCAGUACACCGACCCAGCCAGCCGCAUCCUGCUCAAGCUGCGGGCACGCUGGAGGACCAGGCGGCCACAGCACAGCGAGGAGAUCGCCCUCUAGGGGCCGCGGUGACAUUAGCGGCCGUCCUGGGGUUACGUACAAACUUGCGUCUUGGGGGUAGCCUCGACGCACAACAGAUUCUCAGGUCAUGCUCGCUAGAGGGGCCAGAAGACGAACUCCCCCGCUUCGUCUGAGCGCAGGGGGGGACUGUUCGCUGCCUGGUUAGCUUUAAGUUUAAGGUAGCUUUGGUUUAAGCCUUAAACUUAUGUUUAAGGCGUUAUGGAAAUGCAGAUCAGGGGGGAACAGACGUGUGGCGUCUUUGACCUGCGUGUUCUUCGUUCCGACAGGGAGUAACGUUGCAUUGGUGUUGACACUGCAUUUGAACGCAAUUAAGGACAAAACUGUGGUUGGUGCAAGAUAUGUUUCCGUGGUUAGUGCACUCGUUUUUUAAACAAAUAAUUUUUGUGGACGAUUUGACACAAAUGAGCAGUCCAGAAAAGGCCCUAGUUGAAGACACCAGUGUUAUGUUGGUGAGCAUUGAGAGAUACACAUGAACGUGUAUGAACAAUUAUUGACACAGAUAUUGUUCUUUUUUCAUCCACAGGACUAUUCCUUUGCAUGCAUUUUAGCCAGCUGAAAUUAUUAGAAUUAAAAGUGACUGAACAAGAACCAUAAUGUUUUCCACUAAUGUAAAGUCACAAAAUGGGGUUGAAUAUAAUUGUGUCAAACUUUGGCCAAACGGGCUAAAACCUCUCAUAUAACACCAAAGUGAAUUGGAAGGGGAAUGUGAUUGGAAUGUCAAUGUGAACAGGGUUUGGGAAUCUGAUUCUGAAUCUGAUGUGGCUUUCAUGAGCAUCAACAAUGAAAAUGAAAAAUAAAACAAACUCUCAAUUUUGCAAUUCACCCAAAAAAAAAUUCAAAACAGGUGUUCGUGGUUUCAUGUCCUAAAUGCCAGGUUGAGCCAUGGGCAGAACCCUCUAAAUUAAUAGAUGAUAUUGAUUCUGAUCAAUGGGGAAUGGGCAGCCUGGUAGAACGAAAGGUGAUUCAAAGGCUGAACCGUUUCUCUAAAGCACUGUUUAUGUUUAAGGUUCUGGCUCGUUGCCUGGCUACUCUGCUGCAGACUCCUAUCAAGACCAGAGGGUGCCGGGUUUAAAUCCUGCUCCCUCCAGCCUGCAUAGAGAACACACAAAACAGACACAACCUGAUAUCUCCCUAAUGUGUUUUUAACGAUAAGUGUUGGCAUUAACUUUAAGGGGGAAAUGUUAUUUAUCUCCAUGCUUGGGAUUCAUGAGGUACCCUACCCUCAUCUUAUCUUAACAAACACAAAGGAACUAGUACAACCUUUAAAACAGGAUUUUACAUGGUUUAUAUUGUCUAUACAUCAGAAAAAUAUGUUGUUCAAAUACACAUUAAGACAGUUGAAACUGGAAUCAACCAGUUCCAUCAGACUUUAACUGAAGUUUUGGGAAGGUUUGUAGAAAACAUGUAACUGUCCCUUCGAUACGUAAUGUUCAUUUGUACACGAGAUACUAUCUGAGUGAACAAAAUGACGCAGCUUUUCAACCACAACGUUCAAUACCAAAUGUUUCCCUUUUUAUUCAUCCCAAAUUCAUUCCAAACAUUGUUAAACACCCGUGACAUACCACACACACUAAAAUAAGCAACCUUAACCAGGGGUGCCCACACCUUUUAGGCUUGUGAGCUACUUUCAAAAUGAUCUACCUACAUAAAAAAAGACCUAUCAUAUUUAUUUAUAUAUACAGAGUACAAACUCUGAUGUCUUGCACUGAAUGGAGUCAGCCAGGUUUGCAUAGACAGUAGCUGCUGGUAGCUAGUCUCAAGCAGGCUCCCAAAUUAGCAUCAGUCAUGAUGGAAUGGUGUUUCGACUUAAUAUUAUUCAUGUGGGAGAAGGCUGACUGGCAUACAUAAGUAGAGCCAAAUAAUGCAGUCAAGGAAAUAGCACAUUUAAAGUAAACCGCUUAAAUUUUUUUGGGAAUGUCACGCAAUCUACCCGCACUACCUUUGCGAUCGACAGGUCAACGUAUUGGGCACCACUGACCUAAACCAACCCCAAACAACAAAAACAAACACAAUACCAUAAAAGCAAACAGAAAAAAAAGGGGAUGUUUGGUAUGAUCUAUGAAACCCAAACAAGGAUUACAGUUUAAAGCAUUUUCACAUACUUGGAUGUGUUUCCAAUUUUACAGGAAGAAUGCUGCAAAUGGGAAAACCAACGUCUAGGCAAAACAGACUUUAGCGUGGUACAGCCUGGCUAUGACACACAUAUUUUUGUUGUCAUUGUGUUGUUUGUGAUGUCACAUCAGAUCAUCUGUCAAUAUCGAUGUAACAGGAAGUCUCAGACACAACUUUCCCCGCCUCAACCUCUAUGCGAAUCAGCAGCCUCUUGUGGCAGGUGGGGCUUGUUGUCGGUGAUACCUGAGGUUUAACGGGGGCUGUGUCGUUGUGGGGGCAUGUCUUCACAGGCGGGGUUUUAGCGUUUGCGAGUAAGGAGGACUGGGAUUGGUUGGUUUGUUGUCGAGAUCUAAGCCAAAGAGAGGGCUAGAUUUAAAUGAGCUGACAGCAAUACAGAAACACGCCAAAUCUGUACAGAAGUAACGGAAACAUGACUUUACUUGACUUAUUCAUCUCAAAGUAAAGUGAAGUAAUACAUUGAGGUUGCAACUGUUGUUGUGAAAAUGUAACUAUUAUUAUUUUAAUUGUAUUUAUUAUUAUGCAAAUAAAAGUCUUACCUGACUAUUGACGCAUGUGGUCGUCCAUUCUUUAAAGAGGAAACACAUAAUUAACGUUUAUGGCCAUAAACGUUAAUUAUGGCAAUCUGACACACACACACACACACACACACACACACACACACACACACACACACACACACACACACACACACACACACACACACACACACAAAGACACACACACACACGCACACACACACACAAACAAAAA